AUGUCUUCAUCACCCUCUAUCCUUUCUAAAAUGAAAUCUCAACCAGUUCUGAGGGAAGUUCCCUCUGAUACAACUCUAUCAAUACCAUCUUCAUCAGACGGAAACCUGGAUACUGGCAUCGACGCUGCAAAACUCGAAGCAGCUAACCGCUAUGUCCGGUGGAAUCUGUUGUUUUUGUUACUCAUCUUCACCUUUCUCCUCUUCCCCAUAUGGAUGCCUUUUGUUCCCUACGUCAACAAAGUAACAAAUGUCGUUAUUGUUAUCAUAAUCGGUCUUUUCCAGAUUAUCUGGCUGAUAGCUACUAUCUGCGCCAUCCGUCGAACGCUAGCUAUCAACUAUCGAAAUAAGCUCAAGACCACAAAAACCCAAGAUAUCGAAUCAGCCGACGCCACAUCCGACUCCGACCCGACCAUUCGGCACAUUGUUGCCAUGACACUAUACAAGGAACCUAUGAGCGUGCUGGAAACCACGCUGAACUCUCUUGUGCAGCAAAAGGACGCCAAGUCCCGUCUCUCUGUUAUCAUUGGCAUGGAAUGCCGCACGCCUGAUAAGGAAGCUAAGCGCGAUGAAGUCUACGCAAAGUACGAGAGCAGGUUCCUGCGUCUCAUCGUCACCUUCCACCCCUCUGGAGUUCCUGGUGAAAUCAGCGGCAAGUGUUCUAAUAUGAACUACGCCUGUCGACAAGGUCUACAGAUCCUUCGUGAAGAUGUUGAAUACAACUAUGACAACUAUGAACACAUCUUCACCAACUGCGACUGCGACGCCGUCUUCGAUCCCGAAUACAUGUUGGAGCUUGAAAGCGAGUACUGCAAGCUAGAGCCCGCCGACCGCCACUCUUCCAUCUGGCAAUCCAUCAUUGUCUAUAAGCGCGACUCCAUGCCAUUCUUUGUCGACAUCACUGGCGUUUUGCGGACCUUCUUCUUCAUGGGCAUCUUGAUUCCAUGGAACAUCAAUCCCAUGCCCCAUUACUCUCUUAGUGUCAAGGUACUAGAGGAGGGCGCAUUCACACAUCCGGCCUAUCAGAUGGAGGACAUCAUCGCUUUGAUCCGGUACACCAUCAUGACCAAACGAGAGAUCCGCAUCCGCCCUUUGAACCUUAUUUCCAUCAACGGCCCAACGUCUGGCGCUAAUUAUGCAGAUGAGAUUCGCGAGUGGACACUCCAGGUUCGCCGAUGGACCAUUGGCGCCGGUGAAGUCUUCCACUACUUCAUUGUCAAGACCUACAGAAUGCCUUCGCUCUGUCUGUCCAUCAGCUGGGCCACUCGCUUCUUCACUUACUAUGGACUUGUUCUUUGUGCCAGCGCCAUAUUUUCCGUGGCUUCUCCCGUCAUUGUUCAGCUCAUAAACAUGGCUGCUCCUGAACAUGAUCGACUCUUUAUCAGCGAUUCUCUGUUUUCAACCAUCUGCUUCAUCUUCCUGGGAACGCAAUACGCCUUCUUCCUUAUUGUUACGGUUCUCGUCCGUUGGAAUUUGCCUGUACCUGGCGACAGCGAUAAGAAGUAUAACGAGGGUCUUUUGGGGAUUUCAAGAGGCAUUUUGCACUGGAUCUUGAUGUUGCCGGCUAUAUUUGCUUACAGCUUGGUAGAGCUCUACUCAUUUUUUGAAUUGGCGUUUAGGGGGAAGAAUGUUUGUAAGCAUGAAGCUGCUUCCAAGAGCAACUUGGUUUUAAUAACGGGCGCUGGGGACUCUUAG